AUGGGACUUUUUCCGUCGAAAUCUAAGGCUAACCAGCAACAGUCGGCGCCUCCUGCGAACGCUGCAACUCAGUCAUCUUCGUCCCAAGCGGCAGGAGGAGCUCCGGAGCAAGUAGCAGUCGUCCCCGAACAGAGACAACAAGUCGAACAAGUCCCAACCAGCCCGUAAGUUUGUGUUCCUGAUCCUUGUGGCCGUUGUUGUACCAUUGUACAUUUGUUGUACCUUCCUAGAGGGUACACACUUUAGAAAAGUCUGUUUGAAAGGUUUCGGUCGCCUUAUUAAUUGGCAAGGCAAAAACUUUCUGGCGAACGCGCGAAUGAUAAAUAUCAUAGAUAUUACAAACGUUUUGUCGCGAGCACAUGUGUGUCGUAAUCUUAAACGUCUAAGAACUAUGUGUAUAUUGCAAGAAAUAUUAGGGAUGUUAUGUCUAUGAUGAACCGACCUUUAAUCAGCAAACAAUAUUAACCCCUCACGGAAUUUUGCAAUUGAUACAUAAGCUGGAAUAAGGCGAUGAAACGGCAAAGUAGAAAUUUUCUGUGUAAUCUGAGUGGUCAUGUUACUUUUAUGGGCAUCACGUUUUGCCUAAACACAUACCAGUUGUCGUUCGUAAAUUGUUAAGUUUUGUCUCUUAAAAUUACCGUUAUUGAUUAAGGUAAAAAAACUCUGUUACCCUGUGCAUUUUGGUGAAACAUUUAGACGAUUUAUACAAUGUCAAUGUUUUUAACCUUGAUGUUGUUGCUAAGGAGUUAUUGUAAUGGAAACUUCAGCUUGGUAACCAAAUCUGUUUGACUCUUUUGAUUGCAAACUUUGGUUGGAAACGCUUCUUAUGCAGGCUGAAAUGACAACGUGCAAAUAAAACAUAAGGCGGUAAGGAAAACUGGUCGUAUUAAAAGGAAAAAAAUCGGUGUUCAUGUCUUGUCUACGACCUCAUAGUUUUCCAUCUUGAUAUUUAAGGUUCUAUUGUUCCUGUUGUCGUAUUUUGAUACAAAUUUAAUGUUUGGGUGUUAAAAAAUCUUUUUACCGUUGUUUGUUUCAUUUAAUUAGAACACCGAUUCCAAAACAACUUGUGACAUUAUAAAUGCCGCUCUAGCUGUUGUAAUGCAUCUCAACCUUUCAGAAUGCUGUGUUCAGUUGUUGUCGAGUUCUCUCGGCUGAUAAGACUUUUGUUAUUAACACACCGGUAAAUUACAUUGAUUAUUUUGAACUGUUGGUCUUUCAAGUUCUAUUAUGUAAAAAACAGCAGUUCUCACAGCCUCUGAAGCUGCGCACAUAGCAGAAUUUUCCUUCUACUCUCCUUUUUGCCGAAAAAAAAAACCCGAAAACUGGUUUAAUUCUCAAGUGAAUAAAAUAUCAGAUAAGAAUAAUGUCAACUAGAUAUUGCCUCAAAUCGGCUGACUUCAGCAAAUAAUUAUCGCGUUGCCACUUUUUGGCCCUUUUACUCGAGUAACUUCAAGUACUGAAUUAUUUAGUAUUUAAUUUCACGUCGUUAAUUCCCUCAUUCGUAAAAGCAACCAAUGGCAGAAUAUUGAUUGAUAUGGUAAAGCCAUCAGCUGGAUCGUGCGCGCGGCAGACAGAUUAUAAUAUGCAAAUUGCGUAAUACUUUUGAGUGAGCGACCGUACCGGCGAACUCGAAUAAUUCUAGUCGGUGCUCCUGUUUUUCGAAGUGCUGUGGCGUUGACUUUGGAGGUAUUCGAAGGUAGGCCUUUCCUGUUAGAUUGUCGUGAUUAUUUGAUUCUUAGUUAGAUUUAAAUUCCAGAGUGGAUAAAAACUGGUUAUGUUACAUAUCAGCUUGUAUUCGAUCGACCAUGACUACCUUAUUUGCGAUUUAAGGCUGUUUAUUUCCCCCAUUUUUAUCGAAUGUGUCAACAUUUUAAACAGGAUGAUGUAGAAUUGUAAUGUUUUCGCCAGAAAGGUUUGUUUCUGAUAAAAUAAAGGUCGGUGAAAAUGUGUGAAUUUUCAGCAAAUGUCAUGAUACAAAAGGGCCUGUUGACAGUUCCAUCAGACCAUAACCUUCACGCAAAUCACACAGUUCCAACUGAAAAUCUAGCCAUCGUAAAGGGAUACAAUAAGCAUCUGGAUCGUCGCCGUGUAAAAUCAAUACAUUCUCAAUCCACUUAAAAAAUUGCGUAUUUGUCAGGCGAUAUAACUGGAAUAUUUUUUGAAAUAAAUUGGAUCAACCAACAAGGUUAAAAUAAGAGAUCGAAACUAGAAGUUAACCAUACCCUGGUUGCACGCGGAACAACCGUGAAUUAGAAACAGGUUGCCACACUCUCGGAGUGCUAUAGAACACACCGUGGACUACAGUGAGCCCAAUAAGGCAGUACGAUGCCGCCCACCCCAGAAUACAGCGAGAUUUAAAAAUAUCAGUAAUCGGUUCCUUGCUUCUUUCCGCUCCGUUAGGUUAUUCUAUGUAUAUUUUUCCGUAACCUGCGAUAAAAAGAACGCCUGAUCGCAGGUUUCUCCGUGGCCGAUUUUGUUGUUGCAUGUACCGUGAGUUUACGUCUCAGAUGAUGUAUUCGGACGAAAAAUGGUCGAAAAUCGACAGCAAUAAGCAAAAGAGAGCGAGAUUUUAAAGGAAAUGGGCCACUAUGACAAUUACAUCCCAUAUCAAGUUUCAAUAAUUCUGGACUGGAGAGUCCAACAUAUGCCAUUUUAAGGUCGCGCGAUGUUUAACUGAUAUUUCAUUGCGCUAAGAGGCUGAUUUGUCGAUCGACGUCACAUCGUGACACGUCUGUUGUGAGGGUUUUCGAAUGCCUUAAAUCUACCGACAAAGCUUGCACUUUAAUUAUUUGCACACAUGUUAUAUAUGCAAAUAUGGUUUUUGUCAACCAUUGCCGUAAAAAGAUUUUAAAAAUAAAAUACUGUCUGAGCCCGUUAUCCGGUUUCCGGUCACCUCGCCAACAAACCAUCUUGCCACCAACGAAAAUACUUAUCCAAAGGACAAGUCUCCAAAAGAUCGAAAGACUUGCGCCCUCCCAUCUAAAUAGCUACAUAGUUAUAAUACCAGAUUCAGGGAAAAUCUAGACGUUCCUAUGUGCACGACAGCCACUGCACAACUAGCUUGCGUGGCAGGCGUUCGAAAGGGAAGGGAAGGGAAAGGGAAUUAGGGCGCGCCCCUCGCGUUUCUCUCGCGCCUAAAACUCCCUUUCCCUUCCCUUUCAAACGCCUGCCACGCAGGCUACUGCACAACGUUCCUUUCACGAUCGGUCUAUCAACACUUGGAACUCGCUAAGCGCAAGCGCAAGAAAUAGUAAAACGCUCGCUAGCUUUAAGCGCGGUGCAAAGUUGGAGCUAUGUCACACCGAAAAGUAGGUGACUGAUUGCAUGACUAAAACAGUUUUUAUAUGUCAUAGUUACAGCAUUUUUAAGUCAAUAAUAACUAUACGUAUAUGUAUAUAGUAUAUACGAUAUACUAUCGUAGCUAUUUCCUAAUUUAAUUAUAUUCCUAUUUUUCCAUUUAUAUUUAACAAUUAGAUUUGUAAAUUAGUCUUUUUCUCCUUCUUCUUUCAUUGUUCCAUUUUGUAAAUUAAAUCGGAAGAGCCACGUAGUGGAGAUUUAAUAAAGAUACUGUACUGUACUGUACAGAUUUGUGUUUGGGCUUGAAGAAGAAGUAAAAAUCUUAGAUAAGUAAUCCUCGGUAAGUAAGCUGUGUCGAUUAUUGCAGAGUUAUUAUGUGGUGGCGAGUAGAUUUAUUGGUGGCGAUUUUGUUGGUGGCGAGAUGACCGUAAACCUGGUUAUCCAUCCCUCAGCCCCACGAACAUGGGAUGCUUGAAACGUCAAGUUUAUCUUUAUAUGGUGCCUAAUUUAUUAAAUCAACACUACAUGAAAGCCUAUUUCAUAAUUGAGGUUAUCAUUCGAUGCACUUUUUUCUUCCUUUUUAUUGGCCAAGAGCCCACCACGUGGCCUGCAAAUAAUUGCCUACAAAUAAUGGUCUGCUCAUGCGCAACGUCAUCCAACUGUGUUUGGCUGCAAAUAAUAUUCUGCUCAUGCGCAAAUGAAAGCACGCUUUUCUCCUUCUUGCGAUCCCGAAGAUAUUUAUCAAAAUAUGUACUCGGUAACUGAAUGAUAAAACAAUUAUUGAACUCGGUGGAUAACAUUGCGCAUGAGCAGACCAUUAUUUGUAGGCAGUUAUUUGCAGGUCACGUGGUGGGCCCUCGACAAAUGAAAAGGAAGAAACAUUAGCAAGGAAUGAUGUGUCUCGCAGAUCAAUGAUUUGCCUCAGCCUUCGGCUCCGGCAAAUAACUGAUCUGCUGGCCAAUGACAAUUCACGAUAUUUUGCUCAACCUCGUCCAGUAAUUGUCAAUUAUCUCCAUCCUUGACAAAGCUUUCGUUUAUGUUCGACCUUAUAUAUCUUUGAUUUAACAUCCAGAAGUUCACUGUAAGAAAGGCAUUAGAUUGUAACGUUUAAGUUUAAAGGAAGAGGCUUGUCUACACUGUAUGCUUUAUUGAAACUGUUCACGACAAGUGGUAUUUGGAUUAAAACGCCGUUGGACAACCUGAAAAUGACUUAGAACGUGGUUUUGUUAAACCCUGGUUAAACUUCACUCAAGCUUCACUCACUUUUCUACCAAAUUAUAUAAUUUCCGUGCAUAUUUCCAGGCCAGAUAAAGUAAUGUCAUUAUCUGUUUACAAAUGCUUAAGGUAAAUCCUCUAGUCCCUGAUAUGAAAACAUAGAUUUUUUUUCGUACUUUCUCGGAGUCAUACAACCACGUCCCCAGGGCUUUUCCCUUAAAAAAUGGGUGGGGCGGGAAAAGGCCCUGGCAUCGGCUGGUCACGUGCACAGCCUAAAUAUUCCUGAGAAGCUAAUUUAUAUGCAACCCGCUGGUUUUGCGCUGACAGAAGUUGAACGGAGCAACAAUGGAAAAUAAUAAUAUCGCGAACUGUAUGUCAAUAUUUUCGCGUCUGUGCGAUUCAAAAGCUUAAGAUCCAUUUAAUUGCGUAUUAUUCAAAUGCUACAAGUUUAUGAAAGGGCGCACCGGCUCUACGUUGUCACGUACAAAAUAUGUCAAAUGCUUCAGAGUUGAGACAAGCUGUUAUCGAGUAGUACUUCGACUGAAAUUUAUCGUGACUGUGGAAUUACUGUACGAUCAAGCAGGAAGUGAUCUUGUCCAAUGUCAAACAAAAAUGCGGGCCUUUGCCUCUAGGAUCUGCAGUAACAAAUUGAACUUAACUGAAAUAGAAUUGUUCAUCAAAAUACUUUAUGGAGUCUGGUCUUCUCUACAGCCCUACCAUGAAACAAACAAAUCUCCGCGCCGGAUGCAAGUCAGCCCUCCAGCCAGGAACGAUGACAGGUCGCCGAUCUGAAACAUUUUAAGAUCUCUUAUAUCUUUUCUCUUCCCAGGAUAAGUACAAAGGAUUUUCCUUAUAUCAAAGGGAAGAUUGACCGAUCGAUUAGAAUCAACUACAGCUCUGUCAAUUUUAAAUGGACCCAUGUCAUUCUUUGUUACCAGUCGUUUGAUACCCUGGGUGCCAGAAACUUUUCAUGCGCGGUUUCCGGUUUCGGUCAAGUCUCGCAGAGGUCAAUGAAUGUUUUAAAAAUACAGGUCAUACUAGAUAAGUCUAAACCCGGGGUCUAAACUAACGCGUGUCGCUAUGAUAUGGCUGAGAGUCAAGGUGAAUAGAACUACUUGGUUGUGUACGGCGGUCCACUUAGCAAGAAAUAAAUAAGAGUCGCGAAAACGAACUUUUCCACGCCCCGUACAAACUUUAUGCAUGUACGAUAGCUUGUUUGUCAUUUAUAUCGCUCUAUAAAGGAAGUUUUACAAAUGUUACCGCUCGCUGUCUCCUUCAUAGAAAUCGGAGGAAAGCAAAAAAUUACCAUAGGCAGUAUCUCUGACGAAAAAGAAAUCUUGUAAAACUUUUCGUUAAUCGUCAAGAGAUAUAAAAGGCCGCCCAAGAUCGCGCGCUGUGAGGUUACGCAUAAUUUUAACUUUUCACAUAGCGCUAAUUUAUUACACCCAGGAUUUUAGGGUGUACGAGGGACACGUGACCAGCCGAUGCCAGGGCCUUUUCCCGCCCCACCCACACCCAUUUUUUAAGGGAAAAGCCCUGGGGACGAGGUUGGGAGUCAUAGGGGCAACUAACUCUUUGGGACGUGGAAUCGUCAGAGCAAAAUUUUAUAUGCAUGACCACAGGGUAACCACCCUCUGUUCGUGUGGCAGUUGUUGUUAUUGAAAUCAGAGCAUCGAUCUCUUGUACCACUACAAUUUACUCCAACAUACAGAUUUGAAGCUAAAUGUUUCAAUAAAAGUCAAAGCCAAAUGUUUACUUAUUCAUUUGUCAUGGUAUUUCGCCCUUCCAGAGCUGUUUAAAGCGUCAUUUUGCGAGAUGAUUAUUUUUACCGGCCGUUAGAAACAACUGCCACACGAACAGAGGCAGCGCGCCAGUGUCAAAAUCUAUUGGAUUCCCCAUUUCUGAUUGGUCAGAAGAUAUUUUCUACCCAAUCGAAAGCGGGAUUUUGACAUGCUUGGGGAACUGAUGUCCGUGCAACAUUUGCAUUGUAGGAAGAAAAAAAGGAUAAGUUGUCUGACAAAUGCCUUGGGUAGAUGGCCCCUAGUCGUCUCUAUAUAUUAGGGAGCGUAAGCAACGACGACGGCGACGGCAACGAGAACGGCAAAAAAUGCAAAAGGGUCAGAUUGGAAAAACAACAAAUCUGCACGUGCAUCACGUUUGUUUGUACGUUGUCACUGCACGACUACACCGUGAGAAUGCCUAAUUUCACGUUUCGUGGAGAACGCACUUACUUUGUUUUUCUUUUCCUGAACUUCGAUAUUCGGCUCCAGACAAAAAUGCCAACAUUUGAACAACGAAUUGAACGAGAUGGAAUAAGUGCAAUAAAGUUUGAAGCCUUUUUAAAUUCACUUUUUAAGUGACGUUUCUCGUAGCCGUCUCCGUCGUUGUUGCUUAAGCUCCCUAUCAGUCUCCUCCGAUCCUUUCCUGACCGAGUACAAAUAAUAAGAGACGUCUGGGGAUAAAACAGGCAUUAAACAGGGUUGGUAACGUGUCAGCGGUUAUAAAAGACAUUGUGCGUUCUACAUAGUUUUGAAAGGAGUUGUAAAGUGGUUGUUUCGGCGACCAUAUUUUUGUUGCAAAUAAUACCUGGAAAGUGUUCCUCUCAACAUGAAGGCUAUCUAAGGAAUAGUGUUUGCCGUAGGGCCGUCUUUAGGAAUACUUUCCCAGUCAUUAGGUCACUACCUAAUUGUCAGGCCUAUUUUUUUUGUAUUUGUAGUCCCUCAGACAAAAUGCCGCUUCCUAAAGAACUUUCGGAUCCAAAAUGCAACCCCAAAAUGCUUCUGAAGAAGUAUCUCACUGAAGAUGUGUACAACUCGUUGAAAGACAAAAAAACCGCAAGCGGCUUUACACUGGGCGACCUGAUUAAUUCUGGAUUGCAAAACUUGGAUUCAUCAAACGGAGUUUAUGCUGGAGACGAAGAAAGUUACACUCUUUUCGCGGACUUACUUAACCCCAUCAUUGAGGAGUACCACAGUCCCUACAAGCUUGUAGAUGGCCAUACCCCGGACAUGAACCCAGAGAAAGUGAACGCACCUGAUUUGGAUCCACAGGGACGGUUCAUUCGAUCCACUCGUAUUCGCGUUGCUCGCAAUCUGAAGGGUUACAAUCUCACACCCAACAUGACCAAACAAGAACGGAUCGAUCUCGAGAAAAAGAUCGUGGACGUGUUGGAGUCAUUGACGGGUGACCUCAAAGGUACGUACUAUCCGCUUAGUGGAAUGGACGAAGCAACAAGACAACAGCUGGUAAAUGACCACUUCUUGUUUAAGAAGGGAGACCGUUUCCUGGAGUCAGCAGGUGUCAACAAGGAAUGGCCAGAAGGACGAGGAAUCUUCCACAACGUCAACAAGACUUUCUUGGUAUGGGUCAAUGAGGAAGACCAGUUGCGGAUAAUCAGUAUGGAGAUGGGGAGCGAUAUUCAGUCAGUUUUUAAGCGUCUUUGUGAUGCAGUGAAUGCCAUCGACGCAAAGCUGGGUUUUCAAGAAACUAAACAGCAUGGAUACCUUUCGUCCUGCCCCACCAACCUGGGCACUGGUAUGCGUGCCAGUGUGCACGUGAAGAUCCCACAUGCUAGUGAGCAUCCAGACUUUAAGAAAAUCUGCGAUGAAUUUCAUAUUCAGGUAAGAAAUCGAUAUAGCUUUGUAUGAUCCUGUGUUAAGUGGGCGGGGUGGGGGGUGUUGGGGGGGAGGGCUUUCGUUACUAGGGACACGCCGGUCAGCUAUUGGACAAUUCUAUUUAUUUUCCCUGUCCCGAGUAACAGCCCCAGUCUAAAGUAGCGAAUUCGUGGGAUCUCUUGUUUAAUGGUUCCUGCACAUUCGUCAACUAUUAUGGUUAAACUUGCUAUUACAGACAAUAAAGAGACAAAAUGAAGUGUCCUCAGUAGAAAAUCACGUGCAAUGUAUAGGUAGGAGAUGGAAAGGAUCGUUAAGCUUUCGAUAUGAAAGUCAGUUUUUCUUAAAACUCCUCUCUAAAAAGAGCGCCUUCUACGGAAUUUUCCCCUACAAAUACACCAAUAGCCCGUGUCAAGUUGUGUUAUCCUCAUAUUGCCUAUUGUUGUUUUAAGCCUCGUGGAAUUCAUGGAGAGCAUUCCGAGUCUACUGGAGAAGAUGCCGGAGUGUUUGACAUCAGUAACCGAAGACGUUUGGGACUCUCUGAGGUGCAGUGUGUACAAGACAUGUACAAUGGAGUCAAGAAACUUCUGGAGAUUGAAAAAGCCGCCAUUGCGUACGUAUUGACGGGUUUACAAUUUAACCUUCUCUCUCGCUGUCUGUCUCUUUUUCAUAGGAGUGAUGAGUUAACGGCGUUCUAUUUAUUCGUUUUGUCAGCGAGAAACAACAAAAGUUUCCAGAGGGACUUAAGGGACCUGAGGUGACCUCCCGCUUGAAAAAAUACCUCACUGAAGAUCUCUUCAACGAGCUCAAAGACAAGAAAACAGCUAGGGAUUGUGGCAUCUGGGAGCAGAUUAACUCUGGUGUGGUACACCUUGACUCCGCAAAUGGCGUUUAUGCCUCUGAAGAAGAAGCUUACACCCUGUUUGGAAAAUUGUUUGAUCCAAUCAUUGAAGAUUACCAUGCCCCGUACAAACUGGCUGAUAAACACACUUCGGAUAUGGAUCCAGAGAAGGUUGACGCUCCUAAUUUGGACGAGGCUGGCGAGUUCAUCCGAUCUACUCGGAUUCGUGUGGCUCGUAAUCUUAAGGGACACGGAUUGCCACCAAGUUUGAAUAAUAAGGAGAGAAUUGAGGUGGAGCAGAAGGUACAGUUAUAGUCACAGCCACUGAUAAGCACUAAAAUAAUUAACCCUUCUACAGCAAAUUCCAUUUUUUUUAAUCGUGAAAAAAAUGAAUAGCACUAUCCAAAAGUUCUGACAAAGAGAAUUCAUUUGAAUGAUAUUAACUUAAAUUUUCAUCUACCGAAACACAAGUCAGAAUGAAAACCUUCUAACAGUGACUUGCCCGAAUACUUUUACUUUUGUUCUCAAUCCCUGAUCCUCUUUUGUUGGAAUAGACCUCUUCCCAAUGAAGGUCCUAAAAACGUUUGACCCUUUGGCCUUUCAUAAAUUGUACGUAGAUAUGUACAAGAAUAAGACGAAAUGUGAAUAAAACAUUUCGUUAUAGUAUUACUACAUGACCUACAUUGGGGAAAAUAAAACAUGCUAGCUGAAAAAGUCUAUUUAACUUCCAACCUGACGUUCGUGGGUUCAAGUAAAGGCCGGAUUGAGUCAUAGUGCACCACCCUGAAUAGUAUUCCUAUGACUAACAGCAUUUCAGGAAUAUGCUACUCGUUUCCAUUCCUUUUGGUAUCUCCAUAUUGUACAUUGAGUCUUACAGCUUAAUAAUUUUACAGUAACGACUAGCCGGUUAACAAACAACCAAAGAAAGACUGAUGAUCAUUUUAUUAUAAUAUUUUGGUCCAGUUUUGAAUCCAUAAUUGCCUCCUAAAGUCUCCCUGCAGCCGUUUUUGUCUCGUCACCCAGUUACGCUGCACCCCCCGCCCCCAAAACAGGGAGCGUAAGAUGACGAGACUAAAAACGCUGCGUUGGGGACUACCUAGUAUGCUUUUAUUAUGAACUUUGCGUGAGGUUCUAGUUAAGGCCGCCGUAUUGGAAUAUUGCUUUUUUUUAUUCGUUUCUGUAAUGAUAUAUGAACGAGAAGUCUCUAUUUCCGGAAAAUUCUAGAUUCUUCCCUUUUUUCUAGUAUAUGCAUUGGUAUUUAAAGGAUAUUGAAGCUCACUCAGGAUAUUCUAACUUUGUAUUUGGAGAGCCUUCUUGAAUCAGUAAGAAAACGGUGUGCAAAAGUGGCCCCUCUUCUAAAGAUAAUCUAAACAGUUCAGCAGCCAAUGGAUGUGCGUUGAGGGCACACGUCCAAUAACUGUACCCAAGUGUAAUAGAGGCCCCAUCUGUAACAACAUAAAAGAUUAUGCUGUAUCCGCCCACCUGCCUAUGCAGUAUAACAAUAUCUAGCUCCUAAUAUCUCUCCUUAACAAGUCUCAGAUUGCCUCUUUCUGUACAUCCUGCAGAAGAGUGGUUUUUAACGAUCUCUAUAUUUUCUUCAUCUUUGGAAUCCACGCACCUUGGGCGGAUCUCUUGAAAUAGCCAAAAUAGUUUCUUUGCCCUGAGUGUUACGAAACGCAAUCAUGCUCUCCUCUUUUUUAUGUUUUCUCGUAGAUUGUCGGCGUUUUGAUGUCACUGACCGGAGACCUGGCUGGCACGUACUAUCCCCUCUCUGGGAUGAGCGAGGAGACUCGCAAUAAACUUGUCGAGGACCAUUUUCUCUUUAAGAAAGGUGACCGCUUCCUUGAGGCCGCGGGUAUCAACAAAAUGUGGCCGCAAGGACGUGGAAUCUACCACAAUGCUGACAAAACCUUCUUAGUGUGGGUAAACGAGGAAGAUCAGUUGAGAAUUAUCAGCAUGGAGAAAGGUGAUAUUGUAUUACUGUAAAAGGCCGCGUAUUAUUUAGACGGUGUGUGUGUGCGGAUGACUAGUUUAAAAGGGGCUGUCCCCGGGGGGUACUCCCUAUUAUAGACUAUACGGGGAGGCUCCGCCCGAAAAGAUUAUCUUUUUCAGGCUUCAGAAAGGGUAGGGAUUUCACUAGUUGAAGUAUAAAAAAGCGGGAUAGGGAAUCGAAAUCGGUCAUUUGGGCCCGAAAGGGCUAACAGAUUAAUUUUAUGGCUUUAUAAAGUCGAGAAAAGGUUCUAUUCUUGUGAUUGAUUCCUAUUAAAAAAACAUUGCAUUUAAAACAGUUAAAAGGGAUGCAAUUUCUAAACAAGUUAUGUGAAAGGGGUACCAUUUGUGCUCAUAAAAUGGUAAGGGGUUGGACCUCGGGGGGAGCCUCCCCGUAUAAACAUUUGUUGAGUACCCCCGUUGGGCUAUGUCACGCUAUUUGCUAUCUUUUUGAAAAGCUAUACCGUGUCUUUAUAUCUAUUGAAUUCCAAAAAUGAUGCGCCAGUUGUGUUAUUCAAGACUAUAUUAACUGUCUCCUGUCGUCUGUUACCGGUACAGAUGCUAAGGAUGGACAUGGAUUGAAAAUUGAAAAAGUUGGGUGAACGCUUUGAAGUUUCAAUAGAGUUUGCCUGCCAUCACCCAAAAAAUAAUGGUUAUUUCUCCCUGAUGGAAGCGGUUUAAUAUCUCCUUCAUAACUCUUCAGGAUCUCGGUGUUUUGCAUUGUUAAAGGAACUAAGUAAUAACUUCGGCACAAAAGUGACCUAAAACAACAAUUUCCUCGUGACCUAGCUUUAAAGCAAGACACGCCAUUUUCUUACCUCCUAACCUGCAUGGCAGCCGUUCCAAAGGGAUCCGGGAGUGGGGGGGAGGGGUUAAAGGAAAAACCAACACUUAUUACCUCCUGACCCUCGCCUUUGUGAUGAAUGUCUUUAGCUAACCCAUCUCCACCCCCACCCCUCUCUUCAGUGUCUACUUUGGCUAUGUUCACACUAUACUGGAUAACUUGGAUCAAUUUAGGUGUCUGGGAAUCUGCCCACCUACCCCUCCCCUAAGCAAACAUUAUCACUUACUUCUCACUUAGGGCAAAAUGUUGGCUUAGGGGAGGGGUACCAAAAACCUAAAUUGAUUCGAUAACGUUAGCGUCGGCACGAAAACAAUACCGGAUGGGGCUUCUGUUCACACACAAGAACGGUGAUUUCGGUGCGAUUUCUGUGUCAGGAGCUGCAAAGCAGCAGCACCUCUCCGAUCUCUGAUAUUAAAACUACAAGUCACAUUUAAAAAGCGAUCGAGUUUUAAAACGGCAUUCAAAGGACACAGCAUCAUAAUGUAUUUAAAUCAUACUUCUACUUAAGACGUGAUAAAUACACAAAACCAGUGUCAGAUCUGGAUAUAUUUAAAGGCUUCGUGCUGUGUACAGCUGAACAUUGUUCUCUGAGAUCGCGUGAACCUUAAAUUACGGAGAUAUUAAAAGCAGAUACCCUAAUAUUACAGCAGCUAUGGAAAAAUUAUUAUAUUUUUGAGUAGACAUAUCUCAUAGACGGGCUACAAAUUCAACAGGAAUACGCGCGAACUGAAUAAAUUGUCUGUUGUACAUUUGAAAGGUUCUGCUCAACUUGCACAAUUUUCCUUUGCUGAACAUAAACUGUAGCGAGCCUUAUCUUGGUCCGCUAAAUAGAAACUAUAUCAUCGUUCAAAUUUUAAGGUGUAAGAUCCCUGAAAGAGUUCUCCUCAAUGGAGCAAUAUGUAAAAAGUUUUCAAAGGUUUUACGCCGGUGAAGAUGUGCGGCCUGUCACCUCUUGCAAGUUUUUACGUGAAGUGUCACAUAUCGGAUGGGUUUUGUGCCACACCUUGGCGCAGUGUAAACACCUAUUCGGACCGUCGCGGAAGUAAUUAUGUAGGAGCGAGGACUGGAACCCACUAAGACGCAAGUAAAUAUUCAGGAGUGACGAUUGGAAACUGUACAUGUCAUUUAGUGCACCAAGCCCACUCGGCCAAUCGCGCCAGCACGAUGUGUGAUGUGUAUGAAGUUGUGCCGCCUCGGGCCGUUGCUGUUCAUACUAUACCGGAUACUGUGGAUAUAGCAUUAGACCUUUCGAACUCACCUCUUUUCACAGUCAGGGCUCCAUGGCUCCAUGUCUCACCGACAAAACCAAAAUGUACAAAUUUAUUAGGCCUUGUUCUUUUAACUUGCGUAAACUUUAGUGACCCACUCCCCACUUGCUAACGCCCCUCCCCCCCCUUUCCCCCUUCGUCUUUUAAAAGUCUUAUAGAGAGCUGUCCUAACUAAAUUUCCUUCGCUUACGGCCAACAACGAUCGUGUUCACAUUUAGAAUACUUGCUAAUGUAACAAACUACCCAACUCGUUCUUUUCCAGGAAGUGAUAUAGGAUCUGUGUUCAAGAGAUUGUGUUUAGCGGUCAAUGAGUUGGACAAGCAACUUGGUUUCCAGCACGAUGAAUCCCGAGGUUAUCUGUCCUCUUGCCCCACCAACCUGGGCACUGGUAUGCGUGCCAGUGUGCACGUUAAGAUCCCGAAUGCUAGUGAGCAUCCGGACUUUAAGAAGAUCUGCGACGAAUAUCAUAUUCAGGUAUCCAUGCAGACUCAAUUAUCAUAAACACCUUUAAACUUGUUCAAGUCAACGUUUUUGGGGGAAGGCCCCGUCCACACUAAUGCGUUUUGAAAACGCGUACAUUUCGAUGCGUUUAGGCCUUCCGUCUACACUAAUACGCUGAGUGUUUUCAUUGAAAGCGCAUUAAUUUGAAAUACGCUCUUGAAGGUGGAUCAAAACGAAAACGCAUACAGAUUUUAUUAGUUUGGACAUGGUUAUUAAAGUGGAAUGGUUAGAAAACCCGUAAGACUUCGUUGUUAUAUGUUUUUGUUAGAUAUUUUGGACCUGACCGUGCACAACGUUCGAUAGCAUUCCUAUCAUUUUGAAUUUACUGACUAAUAGAAACAUUGCAUUAAUUUAUUCAGUCACAGAAACAAAGGAUUGUGCACGGUCAGGGACCUUCCAACAUAAACUACAGAACCGUUGUUUUCAACUUUGAUGUUUGCCGGCUUUCAUAACCAGUCUCCUCCACUAACUAUGGUGUGGACGGUCAAAAACGACCAAAAACGAAUCAAAAUGAGAACGAUGACCGAAAAUGUCGCAGACGCGUGUGUUUAUAGCAUACAGAUAGGGUUUAAAUUACGUCACAACGUGCAAUUCUAUCUUUAUCGAACGUUUACAAACUGAAAGUAUGGACCGUCGAAAAUGCAUCAAAACGGUAGUGUGGACGCGAAUCGAUCAGAUCCAUGCGUUUUUGAUAACAGCGAAAGCGCAUACUUCUGUUUUUCUGCCUUGUUUCGUCCCUUUAGGCUCGUGGAAUUCAUGGGGAACAUUCCGUAUCUACUGGAGAAGAUGCCGGAGUGUAUGACAUCAGUAACCGAAGGCGUUUGGGACUCUCUGAGGUGCAGUGUGUGCAAGACAUGUACAAUGGAGUCAAGAAACUUCUGGAGAUUGAAAAAGAAGCGCUGGCCUCCAAAACAUAA